AUGUCGUUCUGUGGUGUGUUUCCAUUCGCCACGAGACCUCGAGGCAUUCGAGAGUCGAGCGAGACAGGUCUGAUAAUGUCGUAUCAUCCUAUGUUCGACCGAGAGCAUGAUCUCUGCCAGCACAGUCGGGAUUGGGGAUGGAGUUUCGAAGAGUUUGAUGAGUUUAGCUUCGUGAGGCAAGUGGAGUUGGAAAAGGAUACCGACAUGCAGUCCGACGAUACCAGCAGUCAUCUGUCAUUGACGACUGGUUCUCUUCUCCGCUUGGUCACAGAACACAAUGCUGCCACAGGCAUUAUCACCUCCCAAAAGACGCUAGCGUCCGCACAGACCCCCAUCUUGAGGCCUCGAGGACCAUCUCUGAACAACCAUACAUCAUUCUCCUCUUUGGCAGCAGGCACUGUUCCAUCGAGUCCUUGUACCCAAUCCUCGACCUCUCUCCUCGACCUCUAUCUCCUGCAAGCUUCUUCCUGCUUCAACGCAGGUAACGAGAUCACCCUGCCCUCGUCCGCAGUCAUGGACGGUCAACCACCCAAAGACAAGGGUGUAGGACACUUAAAUGGCUCCACCACUCUCAAUGCCCUUGAAGACCUCGUUGAGGCAUAUGCUGCGUCCGAGCAUUCCGACGAUUCUCACGCGUUCAUUCACGCAGGAGAUCUUAACCGCCAGUCGUACAUCGAUGCACGCCUAGAAGACGCUGCUGCUCUAGCCCCAGCAAGCACUCCCGGGCCCGCACCCUCCUUGCUGCCCCCCAUGCCGGCAUGUCGCCCGGCUCCGUUCCGUGGAGAGCUCCUCGACGAGAGCGAGGUGGGGGUGCCCACUCCUCCCACCCGCAUCCUCGACCAUGCUGGUACCGGCGGUCUCACGCGUCACAAGCCUGAUCUCUGGGGAGCUGUAGACCAUGAGUUUUCCUGCUGUCCGUCAGGCAAGCGCAACGACGACGGAUCGGCCGAUGUAGAGCUCCAGAACCUAACCCAUGGCCGCAUCUUGGACGUACCCUCCUUCCCCUACCCCGUUUCCAACUUCCUGUCCAGCCUCAAUUCUGGUGUUUUCGAGUCCGAGGAGUCUGACGCUGGCUCGACUACUGCACAGAGGCAGUCAGACGACGUAGUCGCUGCCCUCGGCGAAGUAAGCACCUUCAAGAUCCGCGACGACGACCCGGUCAAUUACAGCUUGUUUCCCCGGGCUGAAUUCACUCCUCACUUCGACCCUCAGCAGUUGAGAUCUCGUGCCUGCAGUCGUGCUGCUGAAACUCCCAGCAGACUCUCACGACCCUACGACAGUCACGCUAUGGAGCCCAAUCAGCGCCCCGUCGCCCCUCUAGGCCACAGAUCUCGCCAUCCCAACUACAAGGGACCCUCUGUUGCCACUCUGCCUAAAGGCAAAAACAUAUUGAGAUCUGAAGAACGUCCAGUGAGCGUCGCCGAAAACAACCCCUCGAAGUCAGACGUUAGUUAUCCGAGCGACCGUAUCUUGACUCCCUACAAGAGCUACAUCCAACUCGCCGACCCUUCUGCUCAGCAAGACGAUAUCACUCCUGCACUCCCAGCAAGCGUUCACACCAAACCCAGCACUGCUUCAAUGGCCACCACUGUCCCUAUCGAAAACUCGGGGUACGACAACAACCAAGAUCUCGCCUUGAAAAGACAAAACAAGCAGUCUCCACGUGUACUUGAGGCCAGCGGCUCGCACAGUCUCAUCAACGACACCGCUUGGCUCAAGAGGGACACCUACGGAAAGCGCAGAUCGUGGGCUCUCUUUGUCGUCUGCACCAUAUGUCCACCCAUCCUGCUCUUAUAUGGCUUUGGCGGCUUCGACAAGUACAUGGUACACAUUGCCAAUACCCACGCUCAACCCACCAGAUACCAAAAGAAGUGCGCAAUUUUCCUCAGUCUCGCCGAGGUCCUUUUCAUCGCACUCCUGACAGCUUAG